UGCAGAAAUCCUUAAAAGAAGUUGUGUUAUCUUAAAACAACAGACUUGCUAUUUGCACUUUUGUGCUCAAUUAAUGUCAUAGCUCCAAACAUCCUAAAUUUUUCUUCAGAGAAUCAGAUGUUAAGACUGUUGUUAGGAGAAGUACGGAUGGUGUGAAGCAGAGGUUACAAGCUGAGCGCGCCUCUCUAGGACAGAAACAUUUUUUUCUUAUCUAUUUAUUUAUACAUAACAAUGCUGUAAGUUUUUAAAGGGACUUCAGUAAUAAUUUAAUCAUGCUUCUGUUGUUACAACCACAAAUAUUUUCCUGUGUUAUUUGAUAAUUAGCUGAAGCAAUUUGUCACUAAGCUCCACAAUAUGGAUUUACCACAUCAUAGCAAAUCUCUAGAUUUAAAUGUACAUUAAAUCUCUGUGUCAAGCAGUGCCUGCAGGAUGUUACUGAAGUCAGCCUUUAUUAACAGAAACAUGUUUACAAAAGAACACGUCUGAAAAAACAACUUGCAAUUGCAUCAUUAGAAAAUCUGUGUGUAUAUAUGACCUGAAAUGGGAGAAUGAUCUCCUACUUCUCACAUACCUGCAUCUAUAUACCCACACGGGUUCAUAAGGCAGUUGUUGUAUUUUAUGUAGAGAGCUGUCUGGUAUGUAAACAAAAGAGAAUUUGACACAGUGAGAUAGAGAGGGACUAAAAAUAGAGAGAUGACAAAGAAUUUUUUUCUCCCUUUCUGUAGAGUUCAAGCCAUGCAACCCUGGGCUGUGUUGGUCAUAAAUAUUGGCUCAGAUCAUACAAAAUUGCUGUUUUCCUGUUCUAAUGACCAGCACAGUUUGCCCUGCGGGGCCCUCGAGUGGCAGCACUGCAGGUACUUCGGGCCCUGCCUGGCCGAGGGAUCACAUCCGCGGUGCCUAUGUGUGCUUUUUUACUGAGGGCUCAGGGCUCCAUAGCAGGCCUGCACCAUGGCUGUGUGUUUUGUGCUAAAUGUUUCAUCUUCCAAAAAGAUGGACUCGUUUGACAAGUUCAGCAAGAGCCUGCCUGCCUUUUCUCACUACUGCUGGUGAAGGCAGAGCACCAGCACAGUACCAGUGAGCACAGUACCAGUGAGGCUGUCUGUGCCUCCUCCCACCUGGCAGCAGGUCCCACCAGCAGGGAGCCACCUGCAAAGCUUUGCUCCCAUAAGCACAAAUCCCUGCCAGCGCUUCUGCUAGCCUGGUGAGGGCCAGAAUCUGAACCAGGCCUUUUGCAGCUUGUGGUUCUCAGCACAUGAGCGAUCUGAAUAUCAAAAGAUAAGCCCUGAGGCUUAUUAUUUUUACCUAACUAGUCCUUGGGAUACACACAUUUUGGGAGGAAGGCAAUGAAGACUAGUAGGUUCCCAUUCAGAGACUGACAUUACUUGGUUACAAGAGGAACUGUCUGUGACUUGUUCUCACCCGGCCAACGGAGCUCUUGUUUGUGAUCAGAAAGCUUCAAGGCACUGAUAUGAGAAACUUCCUGAGCACCUGUGAGCAGGCGUUAGUGAAGGACUUCUCUUUAACUUCUGCCUUAUUGGCAGAGUGGUCUCAUUCUCAAGCUUACAGAAAGUUCCAUGUCAUUAAGCUUCAUGCUCUCAGACAUUCCAGUAGGGAGCUUCUCAUGCAGGGUAAGGACCACAGAACAGUGGGGAUUUCCUGCUUGGUCAGCACUCACAGCCCCGUGGGACUGAGGGAAGCCACGUCUCCAAACAUGACCGAGCUCACGGAGCCACUCAGUGUGGUGCUCAGCAUCACUGUUAGCACAUGGCUGCAGGUGCCGAGGAGGUGUUGCAUCUCACCUGGGAGCCUGGUUCCAGCCUGUGGGAAGGGAGGCAGUGCAGUCUUUGAAGCCUCUUUGUGUUAUGUGUCUGUUUUUCAGCUUGUUUUUUAUUGCAGCCCUAUCCUCUUUUGCCUCACCAACCUCUCCCAAAGUAACUUUCAAGAUAUAUUUUCCAUUCUGACCUAUCUCAAACUUCUGCCUGGAUUUGCCAUACCACGCUCCCAUCUGUGCUUAGCAUUUUGCGAAACGUUUAUUGUGUUAAGGAGACUUAUAAUUUUGUUUUGAGCAAAUAGAAGAUAUUGCAUCAGUCUGGGUUGAAGCUAUUUUGUGCAGCUCCUCUCCAGCUGGCUGAGUGCCCUUUCCCUUCCCCCUCCUCCUACGUGGCAGCGCACGCAGAGCUGACUGAUGGAGUGUCACCCGCGCCUUGUCAGAGGCUGCAGAGAUUAAUGGGCAGGGAACAGCGGCCUCUUCCCCUUCAUGUGUGAUUGUUUGAAGGAACGGCUCAUAUUUUAACAGAAGCGAUACCCUCCUCCUCUGGGUUCCCCCAGUCAGAGUUGAAGGAUGGGACUCGGAUCUGAGAUUGAAGGGUGCCAGGCAUAGGGUCUAUAGGCAUCUGGGCCCACUUCUGGCCACUCUUGCCUACCAGUGCUCAGCCUGAAGCUCGUUUCACUCAGGCUGCUCCCUCUGCACUGGUGUGGGCUUCUGCCAGCAGCUAACAUCGCUACCUCUGUUCCUUUGUAUUUGCAGACAUGAUAAGCAGUAGCACAGAGCAGAUGCUGGAAGGUCUCUGAUCUGUUCCUUGCCUUCCUCCCUCAGUGCCCGUGGCCAAGUCUCCCAUGCUGCAGAAAGCAGUGCUUGCAACCCAGAGCAGCUCAGGUGCUUUGAGCUCUUUGCUCGCUUGUUGGCCUUGGUCACAGAUUCAGCCCUGGUGUGUGCCUCAGUAGCCCAGCUGCAGAACAGGGAUAGCAGUGUGGUAAUUUCCAGAAGAUUGCAUUUGCCAUGAAUUAUUUCCUAGCAUUUCUAAAAUUUAUAAGAGAAAUUAAUUAGAGACUGGUCUGGAUCCUGGCUGCAGAAAAACAAUCAGACCCAGAGUGUGAUUGUUUGCUACAUUUUCUUGAGGGUAGACAUUGCCAGCGUUUCAUAAUCAACUGUUCUGGUCCAAAGAGAUACUUACUUGUUAUUUGUAGUCCACAGUAGUGACUUCUAUAAUAGGUUUGACUGAAACAGGAAUUACGUCUUUCACACCAGCAUAUCUGUGUGUACCAGAAGCAUACACCUGGCUGUCAUAAAGCCCUGCUCCAAGGGCUUCUCUGAUUAUCUGCAGAACAGCUGCUCUUCAAGUUCAUUAUCUUUGCAGUGGUUCUGAUCUCAAGUUUGUGUCCAGCCAGCUAAAAGGUGCAUUUAAAUGCCUCUUAAAGCAGGUGCCUGUGUGUCAGUGUGUUAGAAAUCAGGGUACUGUUCAUUUUCUGGAAAUAAUUUAAUGAGCAAAACAUUAAGGAAACCUGAGCUGACCUGGCUGGGUAUGGGUGGCUGACCCCAUCCACCUCUUCUGUGUUCUUACAGUUCAUAUCUGGUGUAUAUUCAGAGUUCUCAGGUUUUUUUCUUGAGGAAUCCGUAAAUGUGGAUUUGUUUCAGUUCCUGACGCAGUCUCUGGGGAAACACAUCCCAUGGCUUUACAUUUACAAAUGUUUGCCUUGUUUUCUAAGGAGUACGAGUUGGGAUUACAGCGUGCUGAAUUGUGACCCUGGCUGAGAGAACAGUCUCGCUCUUGGUGUACCUGGUGUUUUGGCUGUUUCUGGUUUUGUGACAGUGGUAUUUUUAGGUCAUGGCUGUAGUGACCCGUACACAGCAAACUGCCCUUUUGUUCUCGGCCUCCUUCUGAGUCCAGAACACAGUAUUUGCUUUUGUAAAGGAAAUUUCAUGCAAGUUUCAAAUUUGUUGCCCCCAUUGAAUUCUUCCUCGAUGAGAUGCUGUGAGGAAAGAGGAAAUAAAGAAACUCUUCCUAAUAUAUGCCCAUAAUAGCAGAAGUUGUACAACUUCCAGGCUCUAUGCAUUUUGCAGCCGGGAUAAGGUCUCUUUGAGUCACAGUGUGCAGCCAUGAACCACCUCAUCUUCUAUGCUAACUAAGUUUCCAUGGCUGGGAGACCGUCUUGCUCCGUCCCUGCUUGUAUUCAUUCAUUCUCUAAGAAAGCGAGGCUUCAGGGAUGGCUUUUACUCAGCACUGGAUAGAUGUUCCUGCCCAGCAUGUGCCAGUUAGGUGCCUCCCUGCCUCUCCUCUCCCUGGGACAGCAGUGGGGUGGAUAUUUGGAGUCUGCUCCAAAAAAGGGACCACGUAACCACAAAUGAUUUGUUAUUGUGUGUGCUGAAAUGUGCUUUCGCAAGAAAGAACUAAUUUGACUAACUUUAUUAAUUCCAGUUUGUUUUAAGUUUGCUCAUUAGUAAUGUAAUGCAAGCUGGAGAGGCCAUGUCAGGACAAGGAGGAGCAGAGGGAAAGUGCCAGGAAUCAUUAGUGUUUAUUAACCACUGCACUCAUCAAUCUUGAGUGAGAGCACAGCCCAUCCGUUCUAGACGGGUGGACCUGGGAUACAGGAAUAUCAUUAACAGGGGAAAAUGCUCCUUUUCAGGUCAGCCUGUGGUGGCCAGGCGUUCAGACAACACCCACAGUCACACUGCCCUCACCAAACAUCGCCUGCACUGCCACUGGUCUCCUCGCAGUCUGACCUGAACUCAGAGAGCUCAGCAGCUCUGUGGAUGGAAGGAGCCUUGCCCCUAGCCAGCUGUAGGAUUAAUUAACAAAUACAGUUUUCUCAACCCAAGUAAACAUUACUAAAAGGUUAAGUGUUGUUAUGAAGGGGUUUUUUUUUAAUUGCUUUUCAAAUUAUUAAAUGAUUAAUACUUAAGUGCUUUGCUGGAUCAGGCCUGGCACUUUGUGCUGGCAAUGGAUACAUCUCACAGCAAUUUUAACACUAAAAUCGAAAGGCUUUUUUUUAUUAUUAUUUUUUUUUCAGUUUAGAGGACGCAUUUAAUAACUGAUUCCAGCAACUGCACGGCAUUGGAGUGGUGACUCAAAGCUCUGACCUGUGAAUCGGGGCUGAAUGAAUGCUUCCAAAAGGUUGGAGGAGGAAAUAGUACUCCAUUUGCCAGGUUUCUAAUGAGAAAUAUAACCCUUGCCCAGACCACUUGUGGUUGUUACAGAUCGCAUUUCACUUUGAGAUGUUUUCUUGCAUCCUACCCAAAUUGCAGCUUGAGUAGUUGAGUAGCUCACUAAAAUAUCUCUGCAGUUUAAUUGGAGAAGCAAUGUUUGCAUUCCCCUCUUAAAAACUUCGCUGUAUAACGCUGUGCUGCUAUCACAAUAUGUGCUGUGUAAUAUAUAGAGCAUAUACCAAACAAGCAAAAGCAAACAAAGCAAACCCUGAAAGCUGCUGGUGAGUUGCAAGUUUUUGGUGGUAGUUGUUGGAACUGGGGAAAGGCAGGAUCUUAGGCAGCCCUUACAGCACCAUGACUGGAGUCUCUUUGCCACACUUGCACAUCAUUCAUCAAAACCUGUUGCACCACCAAGGCAGUGUUUGUGCAUUUACUGUGCACGUGUGUGAACCACAACACCAGGCAUCUGGUUCCAGAUGAAAGGCUUUUGCAAUGAGCAUGUUAGGCUUAGCGUUGUGAUGGCACAGCCUAGAAACAAGCAAUAAUUUUAAAACAUGGAAUGGCUGUUUAGACAGAUUGUGUGUGUCAUGACUUUUUGUGGAUAAGAUUUAGGCAUUUUAUGGGGAAAGGAUGUUAUUGGAUGACAUUCGGUGAUAGAGGGGAUGGAAAGAGAUUGCAGUUUAAUUAAAAUUCUAAUCCGAAGUUUGACAAUUUUUCUUGCCAGGUCAGCAGCCUGCAUGUUCUGUUUAUUAUUCCCAUGAAUUAAAUGGGCUGGCAAUCAUCAGCUUCUUUGGAAAUGCCUGUAAAUCCCCCUAAAAAUUAGCAAACACCCAGAUGUUUCAGAGCAGCUUUGAGCAGGGAUACGACAUGCAGGGUUUUCCACCAACCUGCGCACAGGAGCCUCUCAUAAGCACCACUGCUGGUGCCAGUGCUCAAAUGCAAAGGAGAUGCACCAUUUGCAGUAGGAAGUCACAAUGCUUGUCCUGCACUGUUGCAAUCUCACGGCCCUGUUCCUGUUUUCAGGUAGUUUAACGGUGUCUCCAGGAAGGCAGCACCCAUCAUUCACCAGCCAUGAGGCUUCCUCUGCUCUGCGCCUCUGUGAUGCUAAUGAGUCUGUCCCAGUGCCGAGCUGUCAGCUUUCCUGAAGAUGAGGACCCUAUUAACGUUGUUGACUACCACUAUUCAAGGCAAUAUCCAGUAUUUAGAGGACGCCCUUCAGGCAAUGAAUCUCAGCACAGACUGGACUUCCAACUGAUGCUGAAAAUUCGAGACACACUUUAUAUCGCUGGCAGGGAUCAAGUUUACACUGUAAACUUAAAUGAAGUUCCAAAAUCAGAAGUUACUCCAAGCAGGAAAUUGACAUGGAGGUCAAGGCAGCAGGACAGAGAGAACUGUGCUAUGAAAGGAAAACAUAAAGAUGAAUGCCAUAACUUCAUUAAAGUCUUUGUUCCAAGAAAUGACGAGAUGGUGUUUGUCUGUGGAACAAAUGCAUUUAAUCCUAUGUGCAGAUACUAUCGGCUGAGUACCUUAGACUAUGAUGGGGAGGAAAUUAGUGGUUUGGCAAGAUGCCCAUUUGAUGCCAGACAAACCAAUGUCGCCCUCUUUGCUGAUGGAAAAUUGUAUUCAGCAACAGUAGCAGAUUUCCUGGCAAGCGAUGCUGUUAUUUAUCGCAGCAUGGGAGAUGGAUCUGCCCUAAGAACAAUAAAGUAUGAUUCCAAAUGGAUAAAAGAGCCACACUUUCUCCAUGCCAUAGAAUAUGGGAACUACGUGUAUUUCUUCUUUCGAGAAAUUGCUGUAGAGCACAAUAAUUUAGGCAAGGCCGUGUAUUCCCGUGUGGCACGCAUAUGCAAAAAUGACAUGGGGGGUUCCCAGAGAGUCCUGGAAAAACAUUGGACAUCCUUUCUGAAAGCUCGGCUCAACUGCUCUGUUCCUGGGGAUUCGUUCUUCUACUUUGAUGUUCUGCAGUCUAUCACAGACAUAAUAGAAAUCAAUGGAAUCCCCACGGUUGUCGGUGUAUUCACUACACAGCUUAACAGCAUCCCUGGUUCAGCAGUGUGUGCUUUCAGCAUGGAUGACAUUGAGAAGGUCUUCAAAGGGAGAUUUAAAGAACAAAAAACUCCUGACUCUGUUUGGACAGCUGUACCUGAAGACAAGGUACCAAAGCCAAGACCUGGCUGCUGUGCAAAACAUGGCCUAGCAGAAGCUUACAAAACCUCCAUUGAUUUCCCAGACGAAACAUUGUCCUUCAUCAAAUCUCAUCCUUUGAUGGAUUCAGCUGUUCCCUCAAUCAUUGAGGAGCCUUGGUUUACCAAAACACGCGUCAGAUACAGAUUGACAGCAAUUGCUGUAGACCACGCUGCUGGACCACACCAGAACUAUACAGUCAUAUUUGUUGGCUCUGAAGCAGGAGUAGUACUUAAAAUCUUGGCAAAGACCAGACCUUUCUCUUUGAAUGACAGUGUAUUACUGGAAGAGAUUGAAGCAUAUAACCAUGCAAAGUGUAAUGCUGAGAAUGAGGAAGACAGAAGAGUCAUUUCCCUUCAGUUGGAUAGAGACCACCAUGCUCUGUUUGUGGCGUUCUCCAGCUGUGUCAUUAGAAUUCCUCUGAGCCGGUGUGAGCGUCACGGGUCAUGUAAAAAGGCAUGUAUUGCUUCUCGGGAUCCAUACUGUGGCUGGUUAGACCACGAGGUGUGUGGGAGAGUGACACCAGGCAUGCCGUUCUCUUUAUUUGUUUCAUACAACCAUAGCACUGGAGGAUAUGUACAAGAUGUGGAAUAUGGCAAUACAGCGCAGCUUGGGGACUGCCAUGAAAUUUUGCCUACUACAGCUACACCAGAUUACAAAAUAUUUGGGGACCCAACAUCUGACAUGAAGUUCUCCUCAGCUUCCAUUACCACAAUGGCAAGUAUCCCAGUUAUAUCACCUAGAGUGAUUGGUUCCUGGAAACCUAAAGUGACUGGCUCUCGGAAAUUUGUAGUUCAAGAUGACCCAAACACUUCUGAUUAUUCUGAUCCAUUAUCAGGUGUCCCAAAGGGUGUAAGGUGGGAAGUGCAAUCGGGAGAGUCCAACCAAAUGGUACACAUGAAUGUCCUAAUCACUUGUGUCUUUGCUGCUUUUGUCCUGGGAGCCUUUAUUGCGGGAGUGGCCGUGUACUGUUAUCGGGAUGUGUUUGUACGGAAAUCCAGAAAAAUACACAAAGAUGCAGAAUCUGCUCAGUCCUGUACGGACUCCAGUGGGAGCUUUGCUAAACUGAAUGGGCUUUUUGAUAGUCCCGUCAAGGAAUAUCAACAAAACAUUGAUUCGCCCAAACUCUACACCAACCUGCUGACUAGCAGAAAGGAAUUGCCACCAAAUGGUGAUAUGAAGUCCAUGAUGAUGGACCACAGGGGCCAGCCUCCGGAAUUAGCUGCGCUUCCGACUCCUGAAUCCACACCGGUUCUUCAGCAAAAGACUCUGCAAGCCAUGAAAAGUCAGUCGGACAAAGCACACAGUAAUCUCAAUGCUUCACGAAAGGAAACCCCGCUAAAAAGCCCUCAGUUUUUUCCCUCCAGUCCUCCACCCCACUCUCCUCUGAGUCAUGGACAUAUCCCUAGUGCUAUCGUUCUUCCCAAUGCUACUCAUGAUUACAAUACGUCUUUCUCAAAUUCUAAUGCGCACAAGGCAGACAAAAAGAUGCAACAUAUUGAUCAUCCACUUACAAAACCAUCCAGCAAAAGAGACCACAGGAGGUCUGUUGAUUCCAGGAACACCCUGAAUGAUUUUCUGAAACACUUAAAUGAAACUACGAGUAAUCCCAAAGCAAUUAUGGGAGAUAUUCAAGUGGCCCACCAGACUUUAAUGCUGGAUCCAAUGGGAAAUAUGUCUGAGAUCCCACCUAAAGUUCCCAACAGGGAGGCAUCUUUAUACUCUCCACCAUCAACUCUUCCGAGAAACAGCCCCACAAAACGGGUGGACGUUCCCACCACACCUGCAGUACCGAUGACCUCUUUGGAAAGGCAGAGAGGUUAUCACAAAAAUUCUUCACAAAGGCAUUCAAUAUCUGCCCUUCCUAAAAACUUAAACUCACCAAAUGGUGUUUUGUUAUCCAGACAGCCCAGUAUUAAUCGGGGGGGUUAUGUGACUCCCACAGCAGGCACAAAGAUGGACUACAUGCAAGGAACGCCUGUCAGCGUUCACCUCCAGCCUUCCUUGUCCAGGCAAAGCAGUUACACAAGCAAUGGCACUCUUCCUCGUACAGGAAUAAAGAGGACACCCUCGUUAAAACCUGAUGUGCCACCAAAACCCUCAUUUGUUCCUCAAACAACAUCAGUCAGACCACUGAACAAAUACAGUUACUAGGAUGUGUCUGUUCUAAAAAUGAGCGUGGCAUUGACCUGUACAGGUUGUGAGAUGAUGUUGUGGUAGACACAUAAGACAGAGACUUGCUUGUAAUUAAAGAGAACAAAGUGGCCAAAGAAACUGUCUUUACUUCAGCAACAUCUGUGUCUUGCCACAGGUAGCUAUAGCAAGACUUUGUGUACUUGCUAAGAGCAAAUGAAAAAAGAAAAACAAAACAAAGGAAAGUGCUGGUCAUUACAUUUCUUUUGUUUGGAGCUAAGGAGACAUGUAGCACAAUGGGGUGGGGGCUACUUUACUGUUCUGAAUAGCUAAAAAAAAAAAAAAAAAAAAAAAAAGUUCUUGGUAAAAGAAAUCUGUAAGCAAAUACUUGAAAAAUGGGUUCCAUUUUAGACUGCCAUUAAGCGUGGUCCUUCCCAUUAAAUGUGAACAUUUUAAUAUGUAUGCAUUCACCUUGCCUCUUGCACAAAUGUCAGAAAAUGGUAAUGUCUCAAUGAAUAUCUGGGUUAAUAAUCAAUUUGCUGGAAUUCAGUCUCUGGCCCAACUGUAGCAUUUAUUUUUAUUUCUUUUUUCUCCUUGUGCGUGGCAUUUUGUUUGUGCCACAGAUAAAGCUGUGCGUGUGUGUGGGUGUAUGUGUGUACUGUACACACUAGGAUGUACUUAGAUUCCCAUUGCAUCUUUUAUGCUAUGGAAUUGUUUACAUUGAGCAUGACUGAACAAACAGAUGACUCUGCCUUCUGCAGCCCAUUGGGUUCAGUUUGGCGACAGCCAAGGAAGAACUGCGCAUUGCCGCCAGCCUUCUGCGUGACAGCCUUGAUGAAGUAGUCACCCAGCAAAAGAGUGCAGAUACUUUUAAUUCUCCAUAACUCUGUUAUGCUGCUAUCGAUUCAGAGCUGUACAUUUCAAAUCUAGUCGUUUGGGCUGGAAUGGGGGAGUUUCUGCUGUGUUUCCACAGUGCCUCCAUCCAAUACCUGGCCACUGUGAACCUGAGCCCCUGUACUUCUCAUUGAGGGCAGCUAAUAACAAUUCAUUUGGCAAAGGCCUGCGUAACUGGAGAAGGUUACACGUUUGUUGCAUUUAAAGAUGCCCUGUAGCCUGAUAGACUCUUGUCAGUGGAAAAAGAAAAAAAAAAAAAAAAAGAGAAAGACAGACACAUUAAUUGGCCUGGCAGAAGCAGUCUGUGAAAAAUCAACAGUAGUGCAAUCAGUUUGUUUUUGUUGUUUAAUGUAAGGUUGUUUUGUUGUUUUUUUUUUUUUUCCAAAGUCAUGCAGGUAAUGACAAUAUUCUGUAAAUAUUAUGUGUGAGUUUACCUGAAUCUGUGCAUUUUGUGCCUUAUUCAUGCAAAUGAUAAAAGUACUAAAAAAAAAAAAAAAACAACCCUGUCAAGUGUUCUCACUAUAGCACAUAUCUCCUGAGUGCCAGUUGUAAAACCUCUCAACAGCACCCUCUCCCCCCCCCAAAAAAAAAGAUAAUAAGCAAGGAUAAUUAACAAUAACUAAAGGCAGCCUACAAUCCAA